CAUGAUUCGAUCCGGUAAGUACAAGAAUCCAAUUGGCAAUUGUCCCCGGUGGUUCGAGAAGCUCUUUCCAGGUUACGGUUCUGAGUCUCCAUCUUUCAAGACUUCUCCAUCAUUUUCGAACUUUCGAACUCUUCAACUUCUUACAACUACAACCACAGCCAACUAUCGUUGGUCACCCUAAUAUUCGCAUUCCCAACCCGAUCAUACUCAAAAAUCUAUCAAGAUGUCCGACGACGAACGUGAGACGAAGCCCUUCAAGUUCGUCACCGCUGGUGUCGAUGCUCGAUUCCCCAAUCAGAACCAGACAAAGCACUGCUGGCAGAACUAUGUUGAUUAUCAUAAGUGCAUCAAUGCCAAGGGCGAGGAAUUUGCCCCGUGCCGUCAGUUCCUACUCGCCUACCGAUCUCUAUGCCCACACGGAUGGUACCAACGAUGGGAUGAACAACGCGAGGCUGGAAACUUCCCCGCGAAGUUGGACGCUUAAGUGUAUCCCUACGGUUUACACGGCUAUUGGACAGGUCGGUAAAUUUGGACUAUCGUGAUAUAGCAUAUUCCUUAGACACCUCGAGCCAACCAACAACUAGAGAUUCGUUGCAGUGCUCUCCUGUGCCGAUUGCAUGUUGUCCCGUGACCACACAGCCAUUAACUUAGCUUUAGGUUUGGGAGACAAUUAAUUAUACGACGUGAAAGCCGCGAAUGAAAUAUCAGGCACGUAUCUCUCUUUCACGUUCCUCGGCGCCUUGUUUCUCUUUUUAGGACAUGAUGCCACCGACAGUUGUACGAUAUCAUUCUUUAAAUGCUAUCAUUGGAAAUGCCUCGACGGUUACUGGUCAUCCUAGAGUAAUCAGAUAAUCAAGGAGUUCAUCACUACCUAAUAACACUUCGUUUACUUCAACUGCUUAAUCUAUAUCACAUCAAGACUCCAGCAAGCACCAAACGUAAUG